UUUUCGCUCUCAAGUCAAAUAGUUCCCGCGAAUACCCAACCUUCAAGAUCAAGAAUACCAAACCUUGCCGCUCCUCUCUCUCACAGGCAAUCAGAAGCCUGCAGAGAUGGCAAUACAAGCAAAAUAUCCCUUUGCUUUUGCCUCCAAUCUCAUGAUUCCUUCUCCGAGGAAACCAUCCAACCUUCCCUCCUCAUUAUACCAAUCUCUCUCCAUAUAUAUACUCUGCACUACUCUAUUUCUUCUCAAUUCAAGAACCCGCAUAUCCUCUUCACUCUUAUUUUCUUCUUGCUACCAUUUCCUCUUCUAUUUCUUCUCAUACCCAUAUGGAUUCUCAACCCAGACCAGACUCUUGGGACACAGUUUCAGCAGGAUUGGUUACAGCUUCCAGUUAUACGAAGCGGGUGGUGUUGAAAUCCCUGGUGGGACGCAGCGAUGGGGGUCUGGCUUUGGUGGGUCAGCGAGUGGUGAUUGGUGGAUGGGUCAAGUCUUCGAAGGAGGUGAAGAAAGAGCAGCCGCCGCCGGCGGCAAUUGUACCGGCCAGUCUCCCUAGAGCUGGUGGUGAGGCUGCGGGGAAUAGAGACGUGACUUGCACGGAGAUUAUUCAAUCUAGAAUCACCAUUUUUAGGAAAAUAAUCAAUGCUCUGAGUGGUGCGACUAAUGUUCCUGUUCGUGAGAAGACGGACUCCGCGAUUCAAAAGCCUACCCUACCAUCCCCUUCUACUCUCUACUUCCUGAUAAAUGAUGGUUCAUGUGUUGCCAGUCUUCAGGUUGUGGUGGAUUCUUCAAUAUCUUGGUUGCCGGCUAGCCAGCUUCUGCCUUUUGGAACUUGUAUAGUAGCAGAAGGGAUACUGAGGGAACCAUCAUCACCUGGAAAACAUGUUGUUGAGCUCAAAACAGAGAAACUUCUUCACAUAGGGACAGUUGAUCCGGAUAAAUAUCCAUUAUCAAAGAAACAGUUGCCCCUGCACGUGUUGAGGGAUCAUUCUCACUUUCGGCCUCGCACAACUACGGUGGCAUCAGUCACACGAGUCCACAGCGCCCUUAAUUUGGGAACUCAUAAGUUCUUCCAGGACCAUGGGUUUCAGUACGUGCAAGUACCUAUCAUCACAAGCACAGAUGCUGAAGGAUUUAGUGAGAUGUUCCAGGUUACUACUCUUUUCAAGGACGCAGGUAAGGAGGAAUCUGAAGCAAUUAUUGAUACUGAUGUGGUUAAGCUUGAUGUUCUUAAGGCUGCUGUAAAGGUGAAGAGUCAAAAGGUUGAAGAGCUUAAGAGAAGCGAAAGCAAUAGGGAGGCGCUGGUUGCUGCAAUUCGGGAUUUAAACAAAACGAAUGAACUAGCAUCACAGCUAGAAUCAAGGCAAAAGUCAAAAGCUGAAAAUUUCACGAAGGCUGAUAAGUCAAAAAUUCCUGAAGAUUUCUUCUCUCGCCAAGCUUACUUGACUGUUUCUGGUCGACUUCAUCUAGAGAGUUAUGCAUGUGCCCUUGGAAAUGUUUAUACCUUUGGUCCAAGAUUUCGAGCUGAUAAGGUGGAGAAUGUAAGACAUGUGGCAGAGAUGUGGAAUGUUGAAAGUGAAAUGGCUUUUUCAGAUUUAGAGGGUGCCAUGAACUGUGCAUAUGAUUACUUCAAAUUUCUUUGCAAGUAUAUAUUGGAAAAUUGUUCUGAAGAUAUAAAGUUUAUAUCAAAACGAGUUGACAAGAAUGUCAGUGCUCGCCUUGAAUUGAUGGCAUUCAAUUCUAUUGCGAAACUAUCCUAUGCAGAAGCAGUGGCUCUUUUGCAAAAGAUCGUGGAUAAGACAUUUGAAACAAAACCGGAGCUGGGCAUGGCUCUAACAACAGAACAUCUGAGCUAUCUGGCUGAUGAGGUCUACAAAGGUCCAAUGGUUAUAUACAAUUAUCCAAAAGCACAAAAGCCAUUUUAUGUCCGCUUGAAUGAUGAUGGAAAUACAGUUGCAGCUUUUGAUGUGGUUGUGCCUACGGUUGGAAUACUAAUUACAGGCAGCCAAGACGAGGAGCGGUUUGAUAAACUGUUUGCAAGGAUCAAGGAACUAAGCUUGCCAAAAGAGCAGUAUGAAUGGUAUUUAGAUCUACGCAGACAUGGAACAGUCAAGCAUGCUGGAUUCAGUUUAAGAUUUGAUCUCAUGGUUCUUUACGUAGUCGGUCUUCCUGACGUAAGGGAUUCAAUUCCUUUCCCCAGACGGUGGGGAAAGCAAUUGGUCGAUUAAGUUUCCAGUGAAAACCAUACUUCAGGAAGGUAUGCCAUAUAUGAAGCCUAUCAAUGUAUUGGAGAGAAAA